AUGCACUGGUCAUCAACCACCCUCACGGUCCUGGGCCUUUUCCUCAUCGCCUCUCCCGCCCAAGCCAACAAGAACCGGACCGAUCUCUGCGGCAUGAGCAUGCACGCCUCCGACAUGCCCAAUAUCGGCAGCUUCGCAGCAGUCCAAGGAACCUGGGUCAUACCCGAGGGCCUACAGCGGUACGAGGACUCGGAGAGGGAUGCGCCGGGGGUGUCACAAUCCGUGGCACUCUGCUGCGGCGAUGAUUGCUCCCUGCGUCUGGCCGCAGGUACCCUCUCAUACCCGCGCGAAGAUCAUGAGAAGUUGGGCUAUUACACAGCCGAGCCCUGGUUCCAGCUCAGCCCGGCGUUUCCCGCGAUACAGUGGCCCGCGGAUAUGGACCUUACAUUCAAUACCUCAGCGGUGAUACGGAGUAACGUGCAAAUCCUCGGGCCGAGCAAAGCCAAGAUAAUAUUCUCUCACUACCUCGGCGAGGGCUCAGGACUCCAGAUCAGAGCCGAUAUCGAGAUCAGCAUGAACUCCAUCAACAUCCCUGAAAUGCACGUUAACUACACCGGCUCCCACGGCCAGGGAACCUUCAAGCGGGUGGGCAAAAUGAAAGACAUACCCCAGCCCGAGCUCUGCGGCGACUCCGCCUGGUGGUUUGUCUCCGACCGAUACGACGUCGGCCCAGAAACCGACCCGACCAUGGAGAGAAAACAACGGCCUGAUGCCCUGGGCCGGUUCACGCCCGUUCUGAUAAGCAACCCAAGACUGUGGUCUACGGGAAACGGGCAGUCGGACCCGCACGAGGGACUCCUCGAGGAGAAUCCGGGACUUGGUCGGAUGUUUCCGGCGUAUCUGCCGUUUAGCGGCCUGGCGAGGUUUUGGGAUAUGGUGAGGCAUCCGGGAGUGGAUGAGGAUGGGAAUAAGGACGACACGGUAACGGAGGUGAUGUGUCGGACGCGGGCGUUCUUGGAUGACGAUAUGAUCAUGAUGCAUGCGCCGUAUGCGUGGGGGGCGGGGGUGUGA